UUUUAUAACUUUAUGGUACACUUUUUUAUUUACAUACAAGUACUUUACUGAUACUGCGUUUGUUGCGCAUGUGUGACAAAAAUCCAGCUCGAUUCGCAACGCCGUGUGUUUGUGGGCCGAAUAUACAUAUAAACUCCCCGAGAGUCCCGAGUCCCGAAGCGAAGAGGUUAUCGCAGAGAUUAGCAUGACGUGUAUGGAUUUUGACAGAUCGGCCGCGUGUCAAUAACGCUAAAUAUGCGCGCGAAAGUCACGGCGUGCUCUGGCGGAACGUCGACGAGAGCCGGAGAUGCUCCAACACGGAAAUUGAAGUCGACGAGCUAAAAACGAGUCCGCGAACACGAUGCAGUUACAGAUAUCACUGGACACUCCGUCCGAUGACAGGACCGCUUUGUCCUGGUCAAGGAGGGAGAGGCAGAAAUGGUUCCUGUCAUUGUUGUGCGGCACGUGCAUGAUAUACGCCACGCGUACAUCGGUCCCCUUGUUGAUACCUGUUGUCAGUCAGGAGAAGAAUUGGUCGAAAUCGGAUUCAGGCAUAAUACUAUCAAGCUUCUUCUGGGGCUAUACGUUGACGCAGGUAGCCAGCGGCUAUAUUAGCGAUAAAAUCGGUGGGCAGAGAGUACUGUGGAUAUCUGCCCUCGGUUGGUCGGCGACAACCUUCCUCAUGCCAGAAAUCAUUGAAUUCUUUUCCGGGGAUGGAACCUCCGUUUUGCUCGUCGCAGCGAUGAGAAUGAUAAAUGGAGCAUUCCAAGGAAUGCAUUUUCCUAGCAUGAUUAGCUUGAUCAGCCAACGCUUGCACGAGGCAGAAAGAGCCUCCUUCUUUAGCUUAUUAACAUCAGGAUCUGCUCUGGGCACUCUACUCACCGGGUCUUUAGGCUCGUAUCUUCUGGAGAAUUAUAACUGGAUGACCGUCUUUCGGGCGUUAGGGGGCAUGAGUUUGGCAUGGACAGCUUUAUUAAGCUAUCACACUCUGCCUUUUAAGGAAAAAACAGCUUCUGUCAAGUCGACCACUGGCUACACUUUGCCUUGGUCCAAACUUCUGUCACAACCUCCUUUCUGGUCCUGUGUUAUUGGACAUGCCUGCCAAAACAACUGUUUUUUCGUGUUACUUUCGUGGAUGCCUACAUAUUUCCACGACACAUUUCCUGAAGUUAGGGGUUGGGUUGUAAAUAUGGUGCCAUGGCUAUCAAUGCUACCUUGUACAUUCUUGGGGAAAGCUUUAUCUGAAGAGAUAAUUAAAACUGGCUAUUCCGUGACGGUGACACGCAAAACAAUUCAAACAAUUUGCUUCGUCAUCGAAAUUGGAAGUCUGUUAUUUUUAGUGAAAGUGGAAAGCUUUCAAAGUGCAAUACUUUGUCUCGCGUUGGUUAUCGGUGGCUCAGGCUUCCACAAUAACGCUAUCGCUGUAAAUCCCUCAGAUCUCGCACCAAAGCACUCCGGCAGUGUAUUCGGUCUGAUGAAUACUGUUGGCGCGAUACCUGGUUUCCUUGGAGUAUAUUUUUCCGGACACAUUUUGCACGUGACACACAGCUGGCCUGUUGUCUUUUUAUUUAUAGCUGUUAUCGAUGCAUUAGGAUGCAUAAUGUUUUUAUUGUUUGGCUCGGGCAAAGCGAUCAUAUAAAUUAUAAAAUAAAAAUAAGUUUCUAUCAAA